AAUUUGGUUGGCCAAUGAGUGCAAGAAUUUUCAGAAAAAUGGCAGACGGACUGGAUCAUGAUAUAGCACCUGAAUUGUUAAGACUGUACGAAUCUAUUUACUUUCGUCAACUUAAUAGUAACAUCGUCACUAGAAAGGCUCAAUUUGAGUAUUCCGUAUGUUUAGUACGCGACAAAAAUACGGAACAUAUUGAAAGAGGCCUCGGCAUGCUUAAUGAACUAUACAGGACUGACGAUUAUGGGCAAAGAGACUACAUAUAUUUUCUGGCACUAGGAAAUGCCAGACUUAAGAGAUAUGAAGUAGCAAUGGAGUUGCUGUAUUCGGUGUUGAAAGAGGAUCCCACCGAAUUCGAGUAUUCUGCAUUGUACAACGAAAUAAGAGACAGAUUGGCUGUUAACUCUUUAACUGCUAAUAUGUCUGGAUUGCAGUUGGAUGCUACUAAGAGGGGUUAGCAGUCUAGCUUUUGUUUAUUGUUUUAGUUGCGGUAUGUUCACUACUUGCAAAGUAAAUUAAAUUAAUGUUUGUGUAAUUUUCAACAAUGGAUUUCAUGUCAUGUAAAAUAUUUUGACAAAACUCAAUUAUACUGUCAGUCAUUUUGUCCACGGUCACAGUAUCAAAAAUAAUGGCGAACGAAUUAGACAAUAUCGUCGCCCAUGAACUUUUGCGUAAAUACGAAAUUAUCUUCCACGACUUGCUAAACAAGAACAUCGUCACAACGAAGGCCCAGUUUGAAUAUUGCUAUUGCUUGGUUCAAAGUAGGUAUGCGGCCGACGUAUUGAGAGGUCUGUAUUUGCUCGACGAACUCUACAGAACUGAUGAAACGAAGCAGAGGGACUACGUGUAUUAUAUGGCGCUGGGGAACGCCAGACUUAAGGAGUACACCAAAGCCUUGGAUCUUCUAAGGGCGUUUUUGAAGGUCGAACCAGGUAAUCAGCAGAUCAUCGCAUUGUAUCAGAAGAUCAAGAGAAGAAUGGAGUUCGAUGGACUGAAGGGUUUGGCGUACGCCGGCGGCUUUGCUUUGGUUGUCGGAGCAAUUGUGGGUGUUGGAAUGAUUGUCGCGAAAAGGAUCCACCUCUUGUUCUAAUCUCCAAACAUUUUUAUCAAAAUUUAUUAAGUUAUUCUAUUUGGUUCACUGUCUCCGCCACUGUUUAUAAACAAAUAUCAAUAAAAAAUUAUAGAAAAUUU